CCUUCUUGUUUUCUUUUUCUUUCUAUUAAAAAAUAGUAUAGAUUGCGCUUCUAAAUUAAAUAACAAUGGCACCAACAAAGAGUAGUAAUACAUCAAAGAAUACAAAAGAGGAGAAAGAAGUAGAAGAAAAGAAAGAAAAGGAACAAACAAGUGAUCAUGACGAAUCAGACCAAGAAACCAAGCAAGAAAGCCAAGACGCUUCUACUGAUGACUAUGAUGAUAAUAAAAGAGAACAACAACAACAGGAUCCUAGCGUGUGGACUCCUGUUUGGGAUGAUAACGCAAAAGCAUAUUACUGGUGGAAUACAUCAACUAACGAAACUACCUGGGUUAACCCUAAUGUAACCGCAGAGAAUCAAGAAUAUCAAAAUGCUGAUAAUUCAAAUUUUCUAUUAGACCCAGAGGCCAGAAAAAAGCUGGAGGCCGGUGAGGAGUUAACUGAAGAGGAAAAGUUGCAAAGUUAUAUGCAAGCAAACCAAGCUUACACAGGACAAUAUUAUCCAUCACAGGAUUACUCCAUGUAUACAUCACAAGCCUUUUUUAAUGCUAGAACUGGAAGAUUCACUACAUCUGAAGAUGCUAAUCGCUUAAAUCCUGAAAACCUUUCAAUUGAAAAUAGAGCAACAAGACAAAUGCAGUUUUAUUUUGAUGUCGAUGCUUAUACGGAACAACGUAAUAGACAAAGAAUGAUGGAAAAGGGAACAAAACGGAAAUUAACUCGAAAAGAAAUUGAAUACUUUAAAAAGAUGAAGCAAGAAAAGAAAAACAAGAGAGCCAGAGAAUGGCUUUUACAAUAAUAAAAACGUAUGUUCUACAUUUAUUCAAAGGCGCACGUUUUUCAUCUGGAGAAGAGUGAAGCGCGUAGUGACUGUUUCAUGAUAUGAAGAAUUUAAUCAUGUAGAGAAAAAC